AUGCCUACAACCUAUUUUAUAUAUGGCCAAGUGUCAACUCAAGAGGAAUUAGAUGACAUUGCUAAGAAUUUACGAGUUGAAGUUCACGUUGUUGACAAUUUGCAAUUCAAUGGGAAUAAGCACCUUUUCCGAAUAAUAUUUGAAAAUAAAGGGUUCCAUUCUUUAUCAGGGUUAAACUGGAAAAUCUACUUCUUCAGCUUUUUCCUUAUUGAAGCAGAACAUAUUUUAUCACCAGAUGGACACAACAUUUUACCCGGGGGAUACAUACUUCAUGAAUCAAAACUUAGAAUCGAUCAUGCAAAAGGUAGUUUGUAUUCACUCACCCCAGUUGAAGAUUUUUCGGAAAUUAAACCUAAUUCUACAAGAGAGAUACGUUUCUUUGGGUCGAACUGGGCAAUAUCAAAAUCAGACAUACCUCCAAACUGGUAUAUAACUGUCGAUGGGUUAUCGCCUCGUGUCUUUGAAAGUACAUCAGGUGAUUUUGUUGGGAAUUUUGAUGAACCAAAUCAAUGGAAGAGAAUAAAAACUGAUCUUUACAACCCUUACACACCUUUAGACCGGUUUGAAAAAUAUAAGGAUAUGAGGAAAAAUCCUAAGAAAAAAAUUGCAAUACCAACGCCUAAAUCUGUGACUCAUCAUUACGCCUCGGAAACAUUAGAUAUGAAUGGAGACGUUAAUAUUGUUCACAAUGGAUUCACAAAUGAGGCAUCAUACCUAGCAAAUAAAACAACAUUCAAACCUGUGAACACAAUUGUGACAGGCACAAUAAAUAUACAUCUUUCUGCUAACGGAACGAUGACUGCAUUAGAGGGAUAUACUCUGGAAAUUGAUCCUUCAUCCAAAACCAUACGUAUAACUGCUAAAACCCAUGCUGGGAUAUUUUAUGGAGUUCAAACCUUAUUGAGUAUACUUGCUGAUGGAUAUAAAAUACCUAAGCUUCUCAUAGAAGACGAGCCUAGAUAUGAAUUCCGUGGUAUGCAUCUUGAUAUUGCAAGAAAUUUCAGACCAAAAUCAACAUUGUUAAACCUUUUGGAUGCUAUGGCAACAUAUAAAUUGAACAAACUUCAUCUUCAUGCAACUGAUGACGAAGGUUGGAGGUUAGAAAUCAAAGAUUUACCCGAGUUAACGGAGAUUGGUUCUAACCGUUGUCAUAGUUCAUCUGAAAAUGACUGUCUAAUUCCACAGUUAGGGUCAGGGCCUGAUAACAGUACUUCUGGGAGUGGAUAUCUUUCAAUUCAAGAUUACCAAGAAAUACUAAAAUAUGCCAAGGAUCGUCAUAUUGAAGUAAUACCAGAAGUUGACAUGCCAGGACAUGCACGCGCAGCAAUAAAAGCAAUGGAAAGUAGAUACAAACGGCUUAUGCAAAAUAACCAAAAGGCAGAUGCUGAAAAAUUUAGACUUUUCGAUCCAUCUGAUUCCUCAACAUAUUUAUCAGUUCAAAAUUUCGGUGACAAUGCUCUUAGUCCCUGUAUUGAAACUACUUUUAAUUUCGUUGACAAAGUGGUGAAAGAAAUAAAAGCUAUGCAUGAAAGUGUAGGACCACCAUUAAAAAUAUUCCAUUUUGGUGGAGACGAGGUUGCCAAAAAUGCAUGGUCAAACUCGGCAUCGUGUAGAAGGCUUGGCUUUAACAGCACGAAAACAAAUGAAAUUCGAACGAGUUUGAAAAAAAUGUUUGCACAGCGUGUUGCCAACAUUACACACAAACACGGAUUAAAUCUUUUAGGUUGGGAAGAUGGUUUUUUGGAAGGAAAUGGAAAGCCUUUUGACAGAGAGUUAUUUCCUAACGCUGAUGUCUAUAGCAACGCUUGGGAUAAUGUAUGGGAAUGGGGUGAAGCAAGGAGAGCUUACAAUUUUGCAAAUGCUGGAUAUAAGAUAGUCAUGUCACAUGCAACGCAUUUGUAUUUUGAUCAUCCUUAUGAACCGGAUCCGGAAGAGAGAGGACUUUACUGGGCUCCUAGAUUCACAGACACAUUUAAGACAUUUGGGUUUAUGCCAGAUAAACUAUAUGAAAAUAUGGAUGUAAGCAGAAUGGGUGCAAAAUUGAAUCGAUCUAAAAUCUGUGGAGAGAAUGAUGUAAAUUGUCCGAGUCUGCAAGAGCCAGAAAAUAUUAUCGGAAUGCAAGGUCAUUUGUGGAGCGAAACAGUGCUCACAGAGUAUAAUUUUUAUUACAUGGUAUUUCCAAGGUUAUUAGCUUUGGCAGAACGCGCUUGGCACAAGGGCUUAUGGGAAGAUGAAAUCUCGAAAAAUAAACGAAACCAGAAAAUGAAAGAAGACUGGGAUGAUUUUACAGAGACACUAGGAGACAGGGAAUUGAAACGGUUAGAUGAAAUGGGUAUUGAAUACAGAAUUUCUCCUCCAGGAGCAAGAGUGUCAGGAAAUACAGCGAUAGUAAAUGGAGAAUAUAAAUCAUUAUAUAUAGAGUACAGUCAUGACAGCGGCAAAACAUGGAAGAUUGUUCCAAAAAAAUGGAAUCUAACUGACAAAUUUGACGUACUGUUACGAACAAAGUCGGCUGAUGGACGCAGAAAUAGCAGAUCAGUCAAGUUUAACCCAGUCGACCAAGAAAUGAUCGAUUAUUUGGCUGAAAAUCUCGACAUAUCAUUCAACGUUAUAGACAAUUUGGUGGACAAUGACAAGAGCUUUGUACAAAGCAUUUCUUUCACCAAUAUUGGGUCAACAACAAUACUUCCAGGAGAUUGGAGUAUAUUCUUUUACCAUAUUCGAUCUAUAAAUAGUUUAAAACCACUUCUACUGCCGGUUUGCGGAAUGUUGUUGGAGCAUAUUGCCGGAAGUUUGUAUAAGUUAACACCUGAUAAAAACACAUUUGUUAAAAUAGAUCCUCAAGGACAAGUUAAUUGUGAGUUCCAUGCAAAGUACUUUUCAGUCGCCGUUACAGAUAACAUGCCGAACUGGUAUGUAUGGAGCCAUGGCACUCAGGCCAAGACAACACAUUCUACAUAUGGGGAGGACCUAGACUUUAUAGGACCAUACGAUACAAGAAAUAAGUGGAAGCGAUAUCCAAGUGAUAGAUACGAUCCUUUCCUUCCUCGCACGCGUUAUGUCAUGAAUAGUGACGUAGCAAAUCUUGGCAAUGCAAGUGAAGUUGUUAAAGAAGGAACAUACGUUAUUCCAACACCACAAUAUAUGACCACAGAUACGACAAAAUCAGUUCAGAUCAGUGCAUUAGACGGGUGGGUUGUAUUAGAAAGUUCUGAUUUUCUGAAAGAAGUAGAGUUAAUUUCAGUAAACUUAUGGGAGCUAUAUAAAACAUACAUAAUUUCUGUAUUGUAUUGUUCGAUUACAGAUUUUUAUGCUAUCAACAUCAGCUUACCCUAUCAAAUGUCUAAAAUCAUUAGAUUCAUAAAGAGAGAUAUCUCAAAAUUUCCAACUUCAUUAGCAAAGACUGAAGCAUACUUUCUUGAAGUGAAACCAGAACUUAAUGAAAUAAGAAUAACAGUAAAUAGUCCCAAAGGAGCCUUUUAUGCGGUGCAAACUUUGAAGAGACUAAGUGUCGAAGUUACAAAGAAUUCCUACAGAGUCUACAACAUCUACAUAAGUGACGCACCACGGUACGACUACCGGGGAAUGUUUCUUGACGUAGGAAGGAAUUUCCACACUAAAGAAGAGAUUGCAGUUUUACUUGACUUUAUGUCAGUUUACAAAUUGAACAAAUUUCAUUUACAUUUAUCGGAAGAUGAAGGUUGGCGACUAGAGAUACCUGGUUUAGAAGAAUUAACUACGGUUGGAUCCCAUCGAUGUCAUGAUUUAAAGGAAAGAGUGUGCACAGCUUCUCAACUAGGAUCUGGGCCAAAUAAAAACAACUCUGGAAGUGGGUUUUAUACCGUUGCCGACUAUCAAGAAAUAUUAAGAUAUGCUAAUGACCGAUACAUACAAAUCAUUCCUGAAUUUGACAUGCCUGGUCAUGCAAGAGCUGCCAUUGUUUCAAUGAAGGAAAGAAAGAGAAUUUACGAUAUGAGAAAAAAUAGUUCAAUGGCUGAGCAGUACCUUCUACAUGAUCCUGAUGACGUUUCAGAAUAUAUGUCAGUUCAAUGGUUCGUAGACAAUGCCGUCAAUCCUUGCAUUGAAAGUACAUAUACUUUUAUUGAUCACUUAAUUACAGAAGUAAAAGCUAUGCAUGAUGGGAUACAAAAUUUGGAAAUUUUCAGUUUUGGAGGCGAUGAAACUGCAAAAGGUGCUUGGGAAAGGUCUCCGAAAUGCAGAGAAUUUAUAGCGACUAACAUAGGCAUAGACUCCGUCAGUGAUUUAAAAGAGCAUUUUGCACGACGCGUUGGAAAUAUAGCCAGUAGAAAAGGAUUGGAUAUCUCCGCCUGGGAAGACGGGCUUAUGCAUGGGAAAACGCCUUUCAAUUUGACUCAUCUUGUACCAAAUGGAAGGAAAGCUUUCACUAGUGCAUGGGAUAAUGUCUGGGAAAACGGAGGUGGUGAUCGUAGCUAUAGAUUAGCUAAUGCGGGCUACCAGGUUAUACUUGCUUUAGCAACCCAUUUAUAUUUCGACCAUCCUUAUGAACCUGAUCCUGCUGAGAGAGGAUAUUAUUGGGCAACAAGGUACACCGAUACUAGAAAGGCAUUUGGAUUUAUUCCAGAUAAUAUAUAUGCUAAUGCUGACGUGAAAAGAAAUGGAGAACGAUUGACGAAAUCUGAGAUUUGUGGAGACAAUAGAUGUUACGAAUUGGAAAAACCGGAAAAUAUCAUAGGUAUGAUGGGACUCGUAUGGUCAGAGACAUCCCGAACUAAAGAUCAACUUCAUGACAGAUAUUUUCCAAGGAUGCUUGCAGUUGCAGAACGUGCAUGGCAUAAAGCAAAAUGGGAAAACAUUUCGAAGAAAAAGGAUAGAAUGAUGGAACUAAAUAAAGAUUGGACAAAUUUUGCUAAUCGUCUUGGUUACAGAGAAUUAGAGCACCUAGAUAAUAUCGGGAUUAAAUACAGAUUACCACUACCUGGUGCAAAGAUGUCUGAAGAUACAUUGAAAACCAAUACAGCUUUCCCAGGGCUUGUUGUAGAGCACAGUCAAGAUAACAGGACAUGGAAAAUAGGAAAGCUUGAUGGGUUUUCAAAGACGUUUUUAAGAACCAAAUCUGCUGAUGGAUCAAGAACAAGCAGAAUCAUUUCAGUCUCAAAAACCACAUCUUCAGCUAUUUCAGAAGAAUAUUCAAUAACAGUUUUUGUUGCAAGUGUUAUUUUAUUGUUUUUGCUGUUGUAAAUCUAGUAUAAAAUUUGUUAUUCAGUAUGAUCAGUAUUAAAAAAAAUCCUUUUACCGAG